AUGAAUUCUAAAGAAAAUAUUGUCAUCUCUGGAGUUGCUGGAAGAUUUCCAGAGUCAGAUAAUGUCAAAGAACUUGAAAAAAAUCUUUUCAAUAAAAUUGACAUGGUGACUGAAGAUACACGUCGUUUUAAAAAUGAUAUUCCUGGGCUACCAAAAAGAAUGGGAAAAAUAAAUAACAUCAAUAAAUUUGAUGCAUUAUUUUUUGGUAUAAAUCCAAAUCAGGCUAAUGCAAUGGAUCCAAUAUGCAGAAUGUUGAUGGAACAUGCAUACGAAGCAAUUAUUGAUGCUGGUAUUAAUCCAUCUACAAUAAAAGGCAGUAAAACUGGUGUUUUUAUUGGAGCAUGUUUUUCAGAAACUGAAAAAAUAUGUGCUAACAAUGGAUAUGGAAUAACUGGUUGUAGCAAGGCUAUGUAUGCAAAUCGUUUAUCAUAUUGGCUUGGACUAACUGGUCCAAGUUAUACAAUUGAUUCAGCAUGUAGUUCAAGUAUUGUUGCUAUUGAAAAUGCAUAUAGAUCAAUUCAAAGUGGUCAGUGUGAUGCAGCAUUAGUUGGUGCUGCUAAUUUAUGUCUUCAUCCAAAUUUAUCAUUUCAAUAUGCUAAUUUAGGUGCUCUUAGUCCUGAUGGUUAUUGUAGAACUUAUGAUGCUGAUGCAAAUGGCUUUGUUCGAGCUGAAGCAGUUGGCAUUAUUUAUUUACAAAAAUUAAAAAAUGCAAAACGUGUUUAUGGCACUGUUGUUAAUUGCAAAACAAAUUGUGAUGGAUAUAAAGAACAAGGUAUAACAUUACCUUCAAGUUUAAUGCACAGUAAUCUUAUUCGUGAAUUGUAUGAUGAAUGUAAAGUAUCACCAAAUGAUGUUGGAUAUAUGGAAGCACAUGGAACAGGCACUAAAAUUGGUGAUCCUGAAGAAAUUAUGGCUAUUGAUAUUGGAUUAUGUAGUAAUAGAAAAGAACCACUUAUUGUUGGUUCAAUAAAAACAAAUCUAGGACAUGCUGAAGCUGCAAGUGGAAUUGUAUCAAUUGUUAAAAUUAUAAUUGCCAAUGAAACUGGUAAAAUACCACCAAAUUUACAUUUUAAUAAAGCAAAAAAAGGCUUAAAAGCUAUUGAAGAAGGUCGUAUUAGAAUUAUUACUGAACCAGAAAAUUGGAAUGGUGGUUAUGCAGGUGUAAGUGGUCUAGGAUUUGGUGGAUCAAAUGCUCAUUGUCUUAUUAAAUCAAAUAAUAAAGAAAAAAUUAAUAAUGCUUUACCAAAUGAUAAUCUUCCAAGACUUGUUAUGGUAUCUGGAAGAACUGAAUAUGCUGUUAAAUAUAUACUUGAUGAUAUUGAAAAUCGUCCAAUUGAUGUUGAAUUUAUUAAACUUCUUCAUGACAUUCAUGCUAAUCGUAUUGAUGGUCAUUUAUACGGUGGCUAUACUAUCUUGAAUACAAUAAAUUCAGUAGAAAAAACACUCCAGUCAAAUUGUGAAAAAGUUAUUAAAAGAAAAGUUGACAUUUUACCACAAAAAAAACGUUCUGUUUGGUUUGUUUUCUCGGGCAUGGGAUCUCAAUGGCCAACAAUGGGAAAAGCAUUCCUUUGUUUUCCAAUAUUUGCUGAAGCAAUACGUAAAUGUGAUGCUAUUUUAAAACCAAUGAAUAUUGAUAUUUAUGAUAUUAUCAAUAAUCCAGAUAAAUCAAAAUUUAAUAAUAUAUUAAAUGCAUUUAUUGGAAUUGGUGCUGUUCAACUUGGUUUAGUUGAUUUACUUAAAUCAUUGGAAAUUUUACCAGAUAAAAUUAUUGGUCAUUCAAUGGGUGAGGUGGGUUGUGCAUAUGCAGAUAAUACAAUAACAGCUGAACAAAUGAUUUUAGCAAUUUAUUAUCGAGGUAUUGCAUCAAUUAACAAUAGGAUAAUUGAAGGUUCAAUGGCUGUAAUUGGAUUAGGUCAUCAAGAUGCUAAAAAAUAUUGUUCAAAUGAUGUUGAAAUUGCUUGUCAUAAUGGAGCCAAAAGUACAACAAUAUCAGGUCCAGCAAUUUCAAUUAAUAAAAUUGUUACUGAGCUAAAUGAUUUGAAUAUUUUUGCCAGAGAAGUUGAAUGUGGUAAAAUUGCUUAUCAUAGUAGUUAUGUUACUGAAGCAUCAUUAAAAUUAUUACAAUAUCUUAAAAAAAUUAUUCCUGAGCCAAAACAAAGAAGUUCCAAAUGGCUAAGUACUUGUUUUCAUCAAAAUGAAUGGUCUACACCAACAGCACAACUAGCAUCUGCUGAAUAUUUUACUAAAAAUUUUACGAGUCCAGUUUUAUUUGAAGAAACAUGUGCUUUAAUUCCUGAUGAUGCAAUUACCAUUGAAAUAUCUCCACAUGGUAUUCUUCAGACAGUUUUACGUACGUCUCUUCAUUCGAGUGUAAUUAACAUGUCACUUGCUCAACGAGGUCAAGAUAAUAUUCAAGUAUUUCUUGAUUGUAUUGGAAAACUAUAUUGUGCUGGUAUACAAUCAAAAAUAUCAAAUUUAUAUCCAAGUGUUUCUUUACCAGUAUCAAGAGGUACACCAAUGUUAUCACCAUUAAUAAAAUGGCAACACGCUGAUGAUCAUUUUGUUGUUUCAUUUGACAAUGAAAAAAGUAUCAUGUCACAAGAACGAACAAUUGAAGUUUCUUUGAAAGAUCAAGAGUUUAAAUAUAUGACUGGACAUGUUGUUGAUGGUAUUAAUUCCAUGCCUACAACUUUUUAUUUUGUUUUUAUUUGGCAAACUUUGUGUAUGAUGCAAGGAAAAUCAUUUUUUGAUACGUCUAUUGUAUUUAAAGAUAUUAAAUUUUUAAAAACAAUUAUAUUGCCUGAAAGUAGACCUAUAAAAAUUACAAUUUUCAUCGACAAAGAUAGUGGAAAAUUUAAAAUUAUUAAAGAAGAAGAUGAAAUAGUUGCUACUGGUAAAGUUUACUCUACCACCAUUGUUUCAUCAAACAAUAAAAUUGUUACUUUAAAUGAUAAAAAAUUUGAUACUUUAACAAGGGAAGAAAUUAAUAAAGAAUUACGAUUAAGGGUGUGUGGUACAAUUGAAUGGGUCAAUAAUUGGGAUACAUUUUUGGCAAACAUGAUACAAGUUAAACUAUUAAGUCUUGAAACAAGAAAUUUAUUUGUUCCAAUUUCAAUUAAAAAGUUGACUAUUGAUACCAAGAUGCAUUUAGAUCAAAUAAAUUCAAUGCCAAAUGAUGACAAAAAAGAAUUUCAAGUAUUUUAUGAUGAUAUCUUAGACAUUAUAGUGUCUGGAGGUAUUGAAAUUAAAGGUAUCAAAUUAAAUUCAAUUGCAAGAAAAAGAAUAACAUGUAAACCAAUUAUUCAAAGUUAUAAGUUUGUUUGUCAUCAAGAUGACAAAGAUGAGCUUAAUCUUGAGGAUGCAAUUAGAAUGUCAGUACAAUUGUCAGUAGAAAAUUAUUCAACAAUGAAAUGUAAAAUAUUAGAACUCGUACAAACAAAUGAUGAUAUUGAAAAUUUAUUGACUCCAAUUAUUUGGAAAGCUAUUAGCGAAAUUCCAACAAUUGAAGUUGAAUUUGUGACUGUAUCCAAGAUGAAUCUUUAUGACAAUAAUAAUACUUCUGCGAUUCCAGUUACGGUUAUUGAACCAAAUCAAUUUUCAUUGAAAACAAAUGCACUGAUAUCAGCUGGACAAAAUAUUUUAUCAUCAAUGAUAGAUUUUACAGUUUCACAAUUUAUUUUAUCAAUUGAAGAUAAUAAUUUUUUACUUACAAUUGAAAAAACAAUUAAUUUACAAAAACCAGAGCUACUAAAAGAGUCUCUUGAAAAACAUUGUCUCAAGAUAAUUAUCAAAAAAACAAUUGGAAAUUUGACAAUUUUAUUAUUGAGAAAAUGCAUAGAGAGUGAAAAAAAUUAUUCAAUAAUUCAUGUUAAUAAUGAUAAUACAUAUUUAUGGAUUGAAAAAUUACAAAAUGCCCUAAAAUUGAGUACUAUAAGUUCAAGAAUUUUAUUAAUUACUGAUAAAAAGUUUGAAAAUGGUUUAUCGGGAUUAAUGAAAUGUCUUCAAAGUGAAUCAGGAACUCAAGCUGCUAUACGUGGAUUUAUUUUACAAGAUGAUAAUGCACCUGAUUUUAAUAUUGAUAAUCCAUUUUAUCAAGAACAAUUGAGUUUGGAUUUAUUCUUAAAUGUAUUACGCAUUGAUUCAAAUUCAACUUUACCUGUAUGGGGCACAUAUCGUUAUUUUAUGUUGCCUGAUACACAAAAAUCGUAUGAUCAUUAUGAUCAUGCAUAUGUUAGACAAUUAAUAAAAGGUGACAUGAAUAGCUUCGAAUGGCAUCAAGGACCAAAAACAUUAAAUUCAUUAACAUCACCAUCAAGCAUGAUUAAAGUUAUUUUUAGCUCAAUUAAUGAACGUGAUGUGAUGCUGGCAAAUGGAAAACUUAAACCAGAAUCAAUUACAAGCUCAAGACUUGAUGAAGAUUAUAUAUUUGGAUGUGAAUAUAGUGGUAUUGAUUUAAUGAAAAAUAAACGUAUAAUGGGACUUGUUAAAACAAAUGCAUUAACAAAUUUAAUUGAAAGUAAUAAUUCAAUAUUAACUUGGAAUAUUCCUGAUAAUUGGUCAUUACAAGAUGCAGCAACAGUUCCAUUUGCUUAUGUGACAUCAUAUCUUGCUUUAUAUAUUUAUGGUAAAAUAAAAAAAGGUGAUAAAGUAUUAAUUCAUCAAGCAACUAAUGUUAUUAGUCAGGCAGCAAUAACAUUGGCUCUCAAUGAAGGAUGUGAAGUAUUUGUAACUGUAAAAUCAUCAGAAAUGAAAAACUUUAUUAUCAAUAAAUUUCCACAAAUAAAAGAAGAUCAUAUUGGAAAUUUAAUUGAUAUGAAUUUUCAAAAUACGAUUAUUGAAAUAACCAAAGGACAAGGUGUAAAUGUUGUUUUAAAUUUUGUUUCUGAUAAUAAUCAUAAAAAUAUCUCAAUCGAAUGUUUAAAAGAAGGAGGUAAAUUUUUGGAAAUCAAAGACGUUGAUAAUGAAAUAAAUAAUACUAUUGAGUUUGAUUUAUUAAAAAGUAUACACUUUCAAGUUAUUUCAUUGAUUGAUGUACUCAAAACAAAUAAUAAUGAUGAUGAAAUAUUAUUAAAAUUGAGAGAUUUAUUACAAAAUGGUGUUAAUGAAGGAAUUGUCAAACCAUUGAGUAGUAUAUUAUUUAACAGAGAUCAAUUGAAGUUCGCAUUUAAACAUUUGAUGAAUAAUAAUGAAGUUACUGAAAAGGUUGUUAUUCAAAUUCAAGAUGAAAAUAAUGAUGAAUCAAACAGCAAGCAACUGAUAUCUUUACCAGUAAUUCCACGUUUUUACUGUAAUCCAAAUUACAGUUAUAUUAUUUAUGGUGGACUUGGUGGUUUUGGUCUUGAGCUUGCAGAUUGGUUAUUCAUUCGUGGAGCAAAAUAUUUGAUACUAACUUCACGAAGUGGUAUCAAAAAUGGAUAUCAACAAAUGAAAAUUAAUUAUUGGAAAAAAAAUGGUGUAAAAGUUGAAAUAAUUUCAGGAAAGUUGGCUCACAUUGAAGCAGAUUGUGUUGAUAUUUUAACAAUUUCUUUAAACAUUGCACCAGUUGGUGGAAUUUUUAAUCUUGCUGUAGAACUUGAUGACAAGCUUUUUUGUGAUCACACAGCUGAAACUUUUGAUUAUUCUUUUAAAUCAAAAGCUUGGAGUACUAAAAAUUUUGAUAAAUUAUCAAGAAAAAUGUGUCAAAAUCUUGAAAAUUUUGUUGUUUUUUCCUCAAUAACAUCCAGUUAUGGUCGUCAAGGAAUGACAAGUUAUGGAAUGACAAAUUCUAUCAUGGAAAAAAUUUGUGAAAAACGAAUUGCCGAUGGAUUACCAGCAUUGUCAAUACAAUGGGGAGCUAUUGAUAAUGUUGGUAUACUUGGAAAUAUACAAAAAAAUAAUGAUAACUUUAUAUUUGCUGGUACUUUGAGACAAAAAAUUUCAUCAUGUAUAGAUGCACUUGAUAAAUUUUUAAUGCAAUCACAACCAGUUGUAUUGAGUAUGAUAAUUCCGGAAAAACGAAGCAAAAAAUCAGAUAUUAUAUCAAAUAUAGUUGAUGCUGUUAUGAAAAUAAUUGGUCUUAAAGAUCUAAAAAUGAUUAAUAAACAUGUGCCACUUAGUCAGCUUGGAAUGGACUCAAUUUUGGUAUUUGAAAUUCAAAAAACUCUUGAACAAGAGUUUAAUAUUAUUCUUAAUACCCGUGAUAUUUGGACUCUCAAUUUUGAAAAAUUGGAAAAUAUGCAAAAGCACCAAGAUAAUAAUAAAAAAAACGACACUUUAAUGAAAGAUUAA